AAAGUACCAGUUGCCUUUACCCCAUUGAGAAGACCCAAAACACCCUCUUCUACACCCAGUAGGGGAUCCACUCCUGUUAUUGAAAUAUCAAAAGCGAAUCCACUCUUAUUUGCUACUAGUCCGGCAUCGGCCUCUAGCCGUGAUUUGCAACAUUCGGCUUGCAAUUUGGAGGUUUGUCCAAAAACCAAUUCAAGGAAAAUGAAGACUCGAGGUAAGAUCCCAACAGCACCAAAAGAAGCAAAUCAGGGUGUAUUAAAUAGCAAUACGUUAAACAAGCAGUUUUUGGAGCCUACAAGAGAUUUGAUGGGGAAUGAUAUGCCAAACAGGUGUAAGACACAUUCAGAAGGACCCAUAGACAGUUUAACACCAUGUCUACCAACAGAUAGCAUGACCGUGGUUGUACAUCAUCAUUCAACGUUGGAAUCAGAUCAAAGUUCACCGGAUGGUGCUCUACUUUUGCCAAAUAUUCCAGAAUUUAUUUCAGGUGUACCAAACACUGCUUCAAAUCCUAACCCCAUAACUGUAAAUACAACACAAGUUCCCCAAAAUACAAACUUCCCUUCACCAAGCUCUAACCCACAUGGUCUGCCAGCUUUGGAGGCACGUAAAUCAUUGUCAUCAUUAUUGGGAUCUCAACUGACGCAAGCAUCGAAGCAAAAAUCAAGAUCAACCUAUUAUGGUCUUACUCCAGCUGAAUAUGUUGCCUAUGGUGGUAUUAGGACUUACAGUGCAUAUCACAGACCGGUAAGCCCCAACAGGCUGAGCUCAAAUGAAGCACAGCCUAAUGAAGACUUGCACGCUUUAUCCGUCAGUAGCUCUGAACGAACUGCAACAAGGGCGCCUGAUGGACACCAACCUAUUGCUUCGUCUGGGGAGCCCUCUGCUGCACUUGUUUUGCAUCAAACAUCGGUCUCAAGGGAAUCAAACAUGGGCAAAGAGCAGACACCAAAUAAAGACAUUAAGCAAGACAGCCAAUUUGAAGGUCAAAUAAAUGGAUUACAAACGAGUAAAACAUCUGCUGAAGAGAACACAAAACCAGAGCUACCGUUUGGCUUGACACAGAAAACUAUGCAACCGUGCACAAGUGACGUAACAUCACCAAAAUCCUCUUACUCCGAGGCUUCAAUAACCAUGCCUAAAGCAGGACUCAGUCUCAGUCAAAGUUCCUGCACCAAACAGAGGAAUGUCAGUGCCAUCUCAGCCAAAGGUUGGACUCAAAGAGGAGAAAGCACUAGAGAGCAGAGCUGCGACGACACCAUCGGAAGAGAGGCCCUCUACGAAGUCCCCGACAUCAACUGCAUCUUCAACUGAUGACAAACCAACCGCCAUGUCAGAAAUGGCUCCCCCUGCUGAAAUACCCAAGGCGCUAAAUAAACCUAAAGGCCUUAAGGCCAAGCUGAGUGGGUGGUCACGCCUAAAAAAACACAUGGUCGAAGAACCCGAGGAGCCCCUGUUUCCAGAGCCCCUGGGGGAAUGUCAGGCAGCGGUCAGUGCUGGUGAAAUGGAAAAAUCCAGUCAGCAGAGAAGAGGUUUUGGUAGACCAGUCCUCUGGUCUGGAGGUGCUCAAGGAAACAGAGGCCCCCAAGGCGCUGAAAAUGUGGGAUGCGCUGCUCUUUCAUAUGUUCUCUACCAAAGAGAAAAUCAUGGAGCAGAUCAAACCCAAGAAGGACAAGUCGGACACAAAUGAAAAGGCCAAAGAGAACCAGGUUGAGGUUCCAUCAUUUGUGAAUCGGCUUCCUAUUCUUCUGUACAGUCCCCGCUUUAACGCCAGAAAGCUCAAAGAGGCUGCAGCAAAGCCCCUCACUAAAAUUGCCACAGUGUUCGAGAGAGGACUACUAAACCGCAAAAACCAGGAUGAUGAACGCAAAGACUUUAAUAGAAAAGCAAGAGGAUUUGGUGAUUCAAAAAAGGAAGAUUGAAAAUGUAUUGACAUUCAAGGCUCCGACUUGGUGUAAGGAGAAUUAGAAAUAAAUAAAGUCAUCGGUACAAGUUAGCAUUAAAAGCCAUGUUCUGAUAUCUGUUGCGUAAUAUUGCAGGCAAAGGGAAAUGUCAUUGUUACAUUUUUUGUUAUUUUAGAUUUUUUUUUAUUAUUUUAGAUUUUAAAAAAUAUCCUAUCGAAAAACUAUUCUAUGUGUCUAACAUGAAUACUUGACUAUCACUAAUCCAAAACAAAUGAUUAAUGAAUGAGUGGUUGUUUAACAUAAUUUAAAUUAGUAAAUUAACAUGCUCUUAACAGGCGAACACCUGAGUCAAAGCCAAAUUCGAUAAAAUAUUUAAUUAUUGUUUAAUUGAAAUAGUAAGCCAAUCGGCAGAAUUGACUCCAUAUUUGGAUGAAAUAUAUAUUAGCAGAUUAUUCAUCUUGAAUUAAUUGUGUAGAGUUUUAUGAAUGAAAGCCACGUUAUAUGUCUGUUGCGUGACUACACGUAGAUCUUAGAUAUUGACACAUGAUAAAGUUCUUGUCUGGUUUUGAGAGAGGCAAUUUCCUUUUGUUUAUUUUUUUUCUAUAUAUAUGCAGUGUAGUGCUUGCCUAUGGUCUAAUCUGUUUCCUAUUGCAUUGUCACAUGGCUUUUACAUUCCUGGUACACAGGGCAAAUUGACGCUGAAUGCAUGAUGAUAUAUGAUGGCUACCAUUUGGGGGAGAACAUCUUGUCGAAAAAAAACACAGAUUCAUGCAUGGUCAGUAAUGAGUAGAAUGACAUGGCUUCAGGGAGUUGAGGUGUGUAUUGUCUAGAAAUGAAGGUAGAGUUUGAGAUGAGUCUGGAGCUAGAAAGGCUGUUGAAACAGUUAGCGUAGUACAGUCAAAUCCAGAGUAAAAGUUACUGAGAUUCAAAGCAUGUGGAAAGUAUAUGGAAGUAAGAGAGAAAUAAGUCACAAAAUAAUAUUUGUAUUGAAUUGCUUUAAAGGGAUUCCCUUUCCUAAAAUUCCUGACUUGAUGUAGAAACCCCAUCAUAAUCUAAGAGCUGGUAAAUUAAUCUGCUACUAAUCAGUAUAGCUACUGCAGUGGUACUUAAGAUAAACUCUUUGUAUUUUUGGUUACAGUGUGUUUGAAAUAGCAUAAAAUCAAACAUGAAAACAUGUGUUUGUUUGUUCUUCAUUGUUCUUUGAACCUUAGAUACUCGUGCCCCGACAUUUAAGUAGCAGUAACAUAAUUUAUGUUAUGAGAAACACAACG